GUCAUAAGGAAAGCUGUUUAAUAAAUUCACAUACAUCGUUUGUACACCGCAGUCCUGUAAGUCGUCGUUCUGAACGCAUAUCAGGCACGAGAUUUCGCUUGUGUCCUCGUUUGAAUCCUCACCAAUAUAAUCUUUCACAAGCUCUCUCAAAAGUCACCUUGCCUCCUCGACACGAUAGCUCGACUCUCAGUGGUUCCCUCCAUACCUAGUGUAUCGUCUCUCAUAGCUUCAUACCAAGCUCUAACUCGUCAUGUCCGGUAGUCCGAGCCGCGCAAUUCGACGAAAACUAGUGAUCGUAGGGGAUGGAGCUGCUGGCAAAACCUCUCUGCUCAAUGUGUUUGCCAUCGGGCAUUUCCCUGAGGCCUAUGAACCCACAGUGUUUGACAACUACGUGACGGAGAUCGAGCUCGAUGGCAAACCGAUACAGCUGGCUCUGUGGGAUACUGCUGGACAAGAAGAAUACGAACGUCUCCGACCUCUAUCCUACUCGAAAGCCCACGUUAUCCUCAUCGCCUUUGCAGUAGAUUCCCCCGACUCGCUGGAUAAUGUGAUACAAAAAUGGAUCGAAGAAGUGAGAAGCAUCUGUGGAAAAGCCAUACCGGUGAUUCUUGUUGGCUGCAAGACGGAUCUGAGGGAAAAGGCCAUGACGAAUGGGACGUAUAAUGCGGAAAAAUUUGUCGACACGGCAUCGGGCCAACGGAUUGCCAACUCCAUCGGUGCAAAGGCUUAUCACGAGACUUCAUCGUUGAUGAAUCUAGGGGUAGAUACCGUCUUUGAAGCCGCGACGAGGGCAGCCGUCCUCGUCCGAGACCAAGGUCACGGAGGUGUCGGCGCAGCCUAUGACAAGGACGGGAACGACUAUACGAAGGAGGAAAAGGGAGGGGUAGGCAAAUGCUGUGUCAUUUGUUAAUGGAAAAUCCUCGAGCACACUCAAUCGCACGCACGACAUAGACGACAAACACGACUUUACGAGGGCCAAGCCUGCACUGCAGCACAUCAAUAGACGACUGGACGCAAACAGCAUGACGGAUACCAUAUGCUUCAUAUACACUCGGUUUUGUACUCGCUUCAAUGGGCCUAUAGCAUCAAUUUAUGGGGCUCGUAUCGCAUGAAAUGGUUUGCAGCGUGGCGA